CUACAGAGAAUCUUUUCAGUUUCAGGUUUUCAUUGCUAAGGUCAGCAAAGUAGUGCCGUCCUUCACGUCCAUAAUCCCGUUAGCCGAGCCUCUCUUCAUCCUAAUCCAGACAGAACACUGCUGUCCAUCCUGGGCUCUGUCCCCCUCGGGUAUUCAGCUGCACCACCACUGAACAUUCAGGUAAGAUAUAUUCAUACUAAAUCUUCACCUAAUAUCUCUGACUGUAUUUACUAAUGGGUUUAUUUUCUAAUUUUCUGGUGAGAUGGCAGUGUUGUGGUGUGCUUCUCUUGUAAACGGAGAUUGUGAUGCUUAUGUGUAUAUAUUUUACAGGUAUAUGUGAAUAUUUAAGAGUACAGUGAGGGAAAAAAGUAUUUGAUCCCCUGCUGAUUUUGUACGUUUGCCCACUGACAAAGACAUGAUCAGUCUAUAAUUUUAAUGGUAGGUUUAUUUGAACAGUGAGAGACAGAAUAACAACAAAAAGAUCCAGGAAAACACAUGUCAAAAAUGUUAUAAAUUGAUUUGCAUUUUAAUGAGGGAAAUAAGUAUUUGACCCCCUCUCAAUCAGAAAGAUUUCUGGCUCCCAGGUGUCUUUUAUACAGGUAACGAGCUGAGAUUAGGAGCACACUCUUAAAGAGAGUGCUCCUAAUCUCAGCUUGUUACCUGUAUAAAAGACACCUGUCCACAGAAGCAAUCAAUCAAUCAGAUUCCAAACUCUCCACCAUGGCCAAGACCAAAGAGCUCUCCAAGGAUGUCAGGGAGAAGAUUGUAGACCUACACAAGGCUGGAAUGGGCUACAAGACCAUCGCCAAGCAGCUUGGUGAGAAGCUGACAACAGUUGGUGCGAUUAUUCACAAAUGGAAGAAACAAAAAAGAACUGUCAAUCUCCAUGCAAGAUCUCACCUCGUGGAGUUGCAAUGAUCAUGAGAACGGUGAGGAAUCAGCCCAGAACUACACGGGAGGAUCUUGUCAAUGAUCUCAAGGCAGCUGGGACCAUAGUCACUAAGAAAACAAUUGGUAACACACUACGCCGUGAAGGACUGAAAUCCUGCAGCGCCCGCAAUGUCCCCCUGCUCAAGAAAGCACAUAUACAGGCCUGUCUGAAGUUUACCAAUGAACAUCUGAAUGAUUCAGAGGAGAACUGGGUGAAAGUGUUGUGGUCAGAUGAGACCAAAAUCGAGCUCUUUGCCAUCAACUCAACUCGCCGUGUUUGGAGGAGGAGGAAUGCUGCCUAUGACCCCAAGAAAACCAUCCCCACCGUCAAACAUGGAGGUGGAAACAUUAUGCUUUGGGGGUGUUUUUCUGCUAAGGGGACAGGACAACUGCACUGCAUCAAAGGGAUGAUGCAGUGUGGUACUGGGGCGGCAGGUAGCUUAGUGGGUAAGAGCGUUGUGCCAGUAACCGAAAGGUCGCUGGUUCUAAUCCCCGAGCCGACUAGGUGAAAAAUCUGUCGAUGUGCCCUUAAGCAAGGCACUUAACCCUAAUUGCUCAUGUAAGUCGCUCUGGAUAAGAGCGUCUGCUAAAUGACUAAAAUGUAAAAUGUAAUGAUGGAUGGGGCCAUGUACCGUCAAAUCUUGGGUGAGAACCUCCUUCCCUCAGCCAGGGCAUUGAAAAUGGGUCGUGGAUGGGUAUUCCAGCAUGAUAAUGACCCAAAACACACGGCCAAGGCAACAAAGGAGUGGCUCAAGAAGAAGCACAUUAAGGUCCUGGAGUGGCCUAGCCAGUCUUCAGACCUUAAUCCCAUAGAAAAUCUGUGGAGGGAGCUGAAGGUUUGAGUUGCCAAACGUCAGCCUCGAAACCUUAAUGACUUGGAGAAGAUCUGCAAAGAGGAGUGGGACAAAAUCCCUCCUGAGAUGUGUGCAAACCUGGUGGCCAACUACAAGAAACGUCUGACCUCUGUGAUUGCCAACAAGGGUUUUGCCACCAAGUACUAAGUCAUGUUUUGCAGAGGGGUCAAAUACUUAUUUCCCUCAUUAAAAUGCAAAUCAAUUUAUAACAUUUUUGACAUGCAUUUUUCUGCAUUUUGUUGUUGUUAUUCUGUCUCUCACUGUUCAAAUAAACCUACCAUUAAAAUUAUAGACUGAUCAUGUCUUUGUCAGUGGGCAAACGUACAAAAUCAAAUACUUUUUUCCCUCACUGUAGUUGUAGUGGUGUACUUGCAAUAGUUGAGAAAAUGCAGGUUUGGAAUAGUUCAUUUUGAUGACGUUUGCGAGGUUGUUGGUUACAGAUCAGGUUGUACAGACCACUGCUAGCGCUAUUGUCUGCAGGGGAAAAUCCUCUGCUUUUGCAUAGAACUUUUAGGCUGCAAAGGUGGAGCAUGUUUUUGUGACUUUAUAGUAUAGUAUUUUACUGGUGCCUGCUUCAAUGCAAAGAAAUCAAAGGUGCACAGUUUGAGCUAUGAUCCUCAGAUUAGGCCAAAGAUCAGGUGGCAAGGGAUAAUCUAUCAGGGUUGAGAAAGUCAGUUAUUAGUCUGGGAUUAAAUGGCCAGCAUGCACAGGUUCUCUACAGGUAUACUAGUGUGGCAGAGUGUAGGUUUUGUAGGUGCAACAGAAUGGGUGCAACAUGAAUUCACUUGGCCUGUACAUGGGAUGACAUGUUAGAGAAUAUAUUGUUGUUGAAUUAUAUUCAUUAUAACAUAUGGUUGUUUUAGAGACAAAAGGCAGAAGAAACACACCGGGAUGAUGAUGUUUUCUGCAGGUUCUCUCAUGGUUGAUGAAAUAAGUUUCCUUACUCUUGUUCCCGUCUUCUGUUCUGAGUUAACUUGCUUGUCCUCUAAAGCAGCUUAUUAGUAGUGUGGUGUUGAACGUUAUGCUCUGCAACAUGCUAUUCUAUUUAUUUCCUUUAAACAUCUCUUUAACAGUCAAAGUCAGGUUUUGCCUAACAAUGUGGUAGCCGCUUCAUAUAUCUUGAUUUACGUAAAAAGAUCAAAUCAGCACAGCUACUUUAAUCACAGGCUCAAGCACUGGCAACUGUUAUCUUGAAGCAGCAUGUGGAGAGCGUUUAUUGACCAGGCCAAAACACAACAACACAAUCGCUGCCAGCAAGAGCCAAAGUCAAAGCUCCCCACAAGAUCUCACAUGACAUGACAUUGUAAAUUAGGGGUCGGCAACAGCCGAGUGAUUUUCUACGGCCCCCCAAAGUUUUUAGUAAUAUACAGUAUACUGUAUAUAUUUUUUAAAGAGAUAUGUGAUCGUGUGUCAAUGUAAUCAAGGUAUGAAAUUAUUGUUAUUUUGAAGUGCAAUCUCUUUUUGGGCUUAGUUGUGGUCAAUUUGUAGUGUACAAAGUAUUAUAAUUUUUUCUGUCCCACCAACCAUUCGCCCCGACAAAAAUCGCCCCGCGGCUGAAUCUAGUUGCCUUCCCCUGUUGUAAAUGCUACUUCAUGUGCAUUUAAAUGAGUUCAACAAUGACUAUUAUAAUCAACAUGACUAGAUUAACCUUCAAUAGUUUUAUGUUCCAUUACAGCAUAUCUGACAUUCUGACUGUGUCUGACCUCGAGGUACCAUACUAACAAAUCUGGUUUAUUCAUAUUAUGGAAUGCUCACCUCAGCAGGUGCAACUGAGUUACUGAGCUGUUUUCCUGCUCUUUGCCUUUGUCUCAGGAUGUUUCACUGGGUGGUGAAGGUGGUUCCUCAGCCCCCUGACGCCCCUGGUUCUCUGGGAGAGGAGACGGCCAAUCCCGCACCUGCAGCACCAGUAAGACCACACUAAUCAUGCCUGCUCACAGAUCAUCUCACCUGUAUAUCUGAAAACCUCACAUGAUAUUACCAAAGAGAUGUUAAAGAUGCCACAAUGUUUUUUCUUUAUGACUUUUGUCCAUUUCACAUUAUCUGAUUGUCUCUCUUCAUCUUUCUCUCCCAAAGAGAAAAGUGUCUAAAGAUGAAGUCAAAAAAGAAGGUCAUGCUCCUGUUCUACAAACAGUGUAUCAUAGAUUUGUAACACAAUGAAAUAACUGUCAAUAAGUGUGUUUUAUAAUUGCUUAUGCAAUUUGUUGAGCCUCUUCUUCACUUCUGUUUUAUGUAAAUAUAUCUCAACAGUCAAGGCAAAACCAGCCAAACAGAAAGAAGAUGAUAUUUCAGAGGACAACAGGUAUGUGUGUUAAGAUGGACCUGUGAGCUGGUUGGUCUGCUUGCAUACAGUAUUCAACCCAUGAUGAUGAUGAAGGUGAUGAUGAUUUUAUUGAUGUCAUUUUUCUCUCUCUCUUCUCUCUCUCUCUCAGUAUUCAGAGUGGAGUGAUUACCUGGCUCUCCAAUGGAUUCACCAUUGCUCUUCCUCAACCAACAGGCACCCCUAAACUCAGCAGAUCCAACUCUGUAUCCAGGGUGAGAGGCAGACAACACUAUCUCUAUCAAAGCCUGUGAUUUCAUCAAUGGAUUUUUUGGGGGGCUGUAUAAAGGGUUACAGUUUUUCUCGAUUGCUAAGACACAUUUCUUGAAACCUUCACCCAUUUUCUCAAAACUUUAAACACAAAACCAAAUCUUCAAACUACAUUCACAAAACCCCUGACUCUUCUGGCAAAAUCAAGCAAUCGCCUCAAAACCAUUUAAUCUGUGCUCAAAAUCAAACAAUGCUUUCAGAUCAUACACACAGCCAGUCAAUAUAUAAACACUACAGAGCGUUCAUUAGACACUACAUCAUUAGACACUGUCCCUUGCCAGGCAACGGGGGAAAAACCCUCUGGUGUGCCGGAUCCAGCCUUGACAACACUCCACACCUAUGUCACCACAGGCCAAUUCCAUUGCCUGUAAGAGAUUUUCCCUGGUAUAUGGGUUUCGGUCAUAGACCUUCCACCGCCACGCAGAGAAAAACUAUUCUAUUGGGUUGAGGAAAGGGCUGUAUGGUGGAAGGCAAACAUUUAUGAAUCGCUGGUUGAUGUUGAACCACUCGCGUAUCCGGACACCAUGGUGAAAGCUGACAUUGUCCCAAACCACGACAUAGACAGGAUGCACUGCCUGCUGAUGAUCCUGCUGCUCACGCUCAAACAAAACAUCCCGAAGACCACCCAGAAAUGUAAGAAGAUGUUCAGUGUUAUAUGGCCCCAAGGUUGCAUGACGGUGGAGAACCCCACGAUUACUUAUGGCUGCACAAAGGGUGACAUUGCCACCACGCUGGCAAGGGACUAUACAAUGGCACGUUGGCCAAUUAUGUUCCUGCCUCUCCUUCUCCUUUUCACCAGAUUGAACCCUGCUUCAUCUACAAAAAUGUAUUCAUGGGGCCUUUCCAUGGAAUCCAAUUCAAACACUCUCUAUAUAUAAAAAUAGAUAAAUAAGUAGUUUAGUAAGUGAUAUAGAAAGACAGACUUCUGCAAUAGUGCAUUUGUAUGCACUCCUGAUUUACAUACACUACAAUAUAGUGCAGUUUACAGUAACAGUAGGCUAGUAGCAUAGCAUUGUACUGUAAGCAUCAGCGCUGAAAGUGUCUGAAUGUACACUUACUUGCACAUACUGAAAUCGUAGCUCUUUGACCCUUUCUGAGUUGCGCUCAAAGUGUACUCUGUACACUUGCUUCAUGCGUACCCUGUUGCGCUGGAGGACACGGUCAAUGGUAGCAAGGCUGACACUGUUGAUUCCUUCAAAGUUUACAUUGUGUUCAACAACUCUGUGCUGUAUUUCACGCAGUCAGAUGGCAUUGUUUUGAAGGACCAUAUCAACAAUGAAAGCCUCUUGCUGUUGGGAGAACAUAGCAGGCCUUCCACCCUCAUGUGGUAGUCUUGCAAUUCUACAAAAAGGGACAAUGUACUUACAAAUGUAUACAUACAGUAAAAAUAGUAAUGGACAUUACUUCUAUACGUAAAAUAUUGUAUGGUAAGAAAAUUGUUCUUUUUUUCACCAGUCCCCGUUCUAUUGACAAAGUGAUGUACUGAAUCAAAUGUAUACAGUAAACUUUCAAUGACCAAAAGAAAAAGAAACAAUUACCUGUUCUCUUCUCUGAAUGUCCUGAUUAUGGUGGCCACAGAGAAUCUGCUCAAAUUGGGUUGUACUCUUUGUCCUGCUUCCCUCAUUGUCAUUCCAUGAACAACAACAUGGUCUAUCACAGUUGCUUGAAUUUCUUCUGAAAUUACUGUUCUUGGUCUUGCUCUUCCUCGUCCUCGUACUAUUCCUCCUUGUCCACCACCUCUUACAUGUACUCUUCCUCCUCUGCCUCUCAGAUUGUUUCCAUCCAUUGUUGGUAUCAACAUUCAACGCACCUGUGCCACCUGUGCACUCUGAACUGGCUUAUAUUCUGUACAAUUGGUUUGAUCACAUCAUUAGAAACAAGUGUGAACAAUUUGGAGUCGUUGUGUGUAAACGAUGACAACUGUGUUGUAGUUGUGUUUAACUUUUGCUGCCUGUGUUUACCAUUUUGUAACACAAGUGCAUCACAGUGCGAAAUGUGUUUUAGUGAGUGAGAAUGUGUUUUGCAAAAAGAGUGAUUGAUUCGACAAAUGGGUUUAGGCCACUGAGCAUUUGGUUCAGAGAAUGGGGUUUAGUGUUUUAGCAAUUCAGAAAAACUGUAAUGUGUGAUUCUUUCACUCUCUCCCUCCACUUUCUGCUUCCAUCCAUCAGUCACUGCAGGAGGACGAAAGGUAUGAAGGGAGAACUUCAUCCAAGUGUUGAUUUGGUUUAUUUUGUUGAAGUUGUUUCUUGUAUAUUACUUCAAGGUAUGUUGAAAUGUGGAAAUAUAUCAAACAAAAUGAAAAAAGGUUGACAGUUCUAUAAAUUGACUGAAGAUUCCUCUUUCCAACAGGAAUGGGGUGAUUAAGUGGAUUGCAGAUGGACUGAGCAAAGUGGUGCCCCAGCCAGAUGAAAAGUACAGAGAGGAUAUUCCAGAGAAGGAGGAGGAUGAUGAAACAGAGGUGAGAUGACACCAUCAUAUCGUUGUAGCUUUGUUUUCAGAAGAGCACAUGGUGCUCAAUUAUUAAAAAUAAUUGGUUCUUAGAUUAAAAAGAGAUUCUAAAAAUCAUGUUUGUCAGGUUGCCUCAUAGGGCUUUUAAACAAUAUAAUAACUUUAAAAGUGCUCCAGUUUCAUUAAAACAUGAUUACUACAUUCCUAGGAAUUAUUCUACAUUAAAUCCUUACCUCCCCAUAAUAACUCAAUUUUCUCACUUAAAAUCCCUUUGUAAAAUAAUUCUGCUCCCUGCUUGAUGAAUAACCGGAGAUGGUCUAUAAUGUUAGACAUUUAAAUAACUAGCUUAAUCAAAGAAAAUUGUUCACAGGGCUUUCAGAGAGCUACAAAUGAGAGAGGUUUAUAAACUAAUAAUCUGUGACAAUAUCAAGGGUGUUAAGACAGUAUAGAUUUCAUCUCAUCAUUAUCUCAUCAGUAACGGUUAGAUAUAAUUCUUUAUUUUACAGUAGGCCAACUGUUAGUUUUAAAAGCAUUGAGCGGUUAUGGCUUCCCAGCCUCUCCCCAGGUCCGCCUACCGUAGUUUAAAUUGUAUUCUAGUUCAGAUUUCGGACAUCAGCAGGGUGGUGCUGAUUAGACAAAGUCCAGGUAAAGAAAGUCCAGUUGUCUAACAAGAAUACCAUUGUGCCUGAGUAAAUUUUUCUAAUACCGGUCAUUCGUUUUUUUCUCUUUAUGUUCUUCUAUCUACUUAAGACGCAUGAGGAGUAUAUCGCAGAGCCAUGUGUAAGUACAGCUAAGUAACGGGCUGUAUCUGGGCCGAACACCCACCCACCCCCUGAGUAGUCUGAGUAGUCUUAUAAACACCUGCAAUCAAUCCAGAAUAGUAUUUGCUCUAAAGCUUCACAUUUCAUCAAACACUUAUUUGAAUUAAAGGAUAGAAUAAAAUGUUGAAAUCAAGGACAAAUUAUUUCAAUGAUUGAUGAAAUUUACUCUUUAUCUUACAGACAUGUGCAAUAGGAUACAUACAGUGCCUUCGGAAAGUAUUCAAACCCCUUGACUUUUUCCACAUUUUGUUGGGUUACAGCCUUAUUCUAAAAUUGAUUAAAUAAUUUUUUUCCCUCAUCAAUCUACACACAAUACCCCAUAAUGACAAAGCAAAAACAGGUUUUUAAACAUUUUUGCUAAUUUAUUAACCUCUACGGGAUCGGUGUCCCGAAUACUGUACGGUUGAGCUAACGUGCGCUAAUGUGAUUAGCAUGACUGUUGUAAGCAACAGCAAACUUUCCAGGACAUAGACAUGUCUUAUAUGGGCAGAAAGCUUAAAUUAUUGUUAAUCUAACUGCACUGUCCAAUUUACAGUAGCUAUUACAGUGAAGAAACACCAUGCUAUUGUUUGAGGAGAGUGCACAACAACAAAAAAUGUAUCACGGCAACUGGUUUGAUACAUUCACUCCUGAAGGUAAAAAAUGUACUUACAUUCAGUAAUCUUGCUCUGAUUUGUCAUCCUAAGGGUCCCAUAGUUUUGUUUGAUAAAAUCAAUUUUUAUAUUCAAAAGUAGGAACUGGGUUCUACAGUUUGAACCCCUGCGGUCUCUGGCUCCACACCCACCCCGCCCGGCCAUCUAGAUGUGUGAAAGUUAGUGUAUAAGCUAAUGAUCCAUCAUGUAUGACAUUCCUGGGAGUGUGUAAACUUAUAUUUUGUAUUACCAUAUAAUUUUUGUAUGUUCUCUAUAGUUAUGUACUUGAAAAUGUAUCAAUUGACCAAUUCGGUACAUUUGGGCAGAAUUGAUACAAAAUAGUCCAGUAUUGCAAUGCUUCACUGGAUCAAUCUGAAACGUUGCACACACACUGCUGCCAUCUAGUGGCCAAAAUCUAAAUUGCGCCUAAACUGCAAUAUUAUAUUGUGGCCUUUCUCAUGCAUUUGAUCAGGUUCAAGUCUGCGCUCUGGCUGGCCCACUCAAGGACAUUCAGAGACUUGUCCCGAAGCCACUCCUACGUUGUCUUGGCUGUGUGCUUAGGGUCGUUGUUAUUUUGGAAGGUGAACCUUCGCCCCAGUCUGAGGUCCUGAGACUUAUCCUCUGCAGCAGAGGUAACGCUGGGUCUUCCAUUCCUGUGGCGGUCCUCAUUAGAGCCAGUUUCAUCAUAGCGCUUGAUGGUUUUUGCGACUGCACUUGAAGAAACUUUCGAAGUUCUUGACAUUUUCCGUAUUGACUGACCUUCAUGUCUUAAAGUAAUGAUGGACUGUCGUUUCUCUUUGCUUAUUUGAGCUGUUCUUGCCAUAAUAUGGACUUGGUCUUUUACCAAAUAGGGCUAUCUUCUGUAUACCCCCCCUACCUUGUCACAACACAACUGAUUGUCUCAUACGCAUUAAGAAGGAAAUAAAUUCCACAAAUUAACUUUUAAGAAGGCACACCUGUUAAUUGAAAUGCAUUCUAGGUGACUACCUCAUGAAGCUGGUUGAGAGAAUGCCAAGAGUGUGCAAAGCUGUCAUCAAGGCAAAGGGUGGCUAUUUGAAGAAUCUCAAAUAUAAAAUAUUGUUUGAUUUGUUUAACACUUCCUUGGUUUCUACAUAAUUACAUAUGUGUUAUUUCAUAGUUUUGAUGUCUUCACUAUUAUUCUACAAUAUAGAAAAUAGUACAACUAAAGAAAAACCCUGGAAUGAGUAGGUGUGUCCAAACUUUUGACUGUUACUGUAUGUAAAGACAACAUUACAUUAAGAAUAGUCUGAUGGGUGACAAUAUUAGCCUAUCACUUGUGAAUGAUGCCCAGCUUAAGGCAAGAAACAGUGCAUACCGUUUUUUUGCAACUUUUUCAAAUCAUAGUCGCACACCUAGCCUAGCCCAUAGGCCUAUCUAUAUGUUUUGAUAAGGUUUGUAUCACAACUAAAGUGGCCAAAUAACUUCUUAAAAUUAAGUACAUUAAUCCUCUUUAUAACCGGUGUAGAGCCUUCAUGACAUACAUAGGCUGCACGUGAGUUUCAAGUUUGGGGAAGAUAAUUUUCACCAUAAAAAUGCACCUUUAUAAUAAAGAUUUACAUGCAUAAUCGCAUUUGCCGUCACUUUCGAGAACAGUGUUUUCCCGCUAAUUGAUUGUAUUUUGGAACAUUCUCGCUUAUAUCCUACUGCCGUGUGUGCAUUUCUGCGCUUAAAAUGUGAAAAAAUGGCUUAAUAGUUUAUCAACAUUUUAAGAUAAACGAUCAGCCUAAUUGCUUUUAAACGUUUUUUUGAUGCGAGUGGUUGUAUUAAUUUGGGAUCUAUCGCAUCCCACAACUGUACGAGAGUAUGGUUGGAAUAUUUAUUUAUUGCACAGUAGGACAUGUUGACCAAUAGAAUAGGUAAACUUUUGUACAAUGGGGAAUAGUAGAUUGACAUAGGCUAGUGCUUUUGCUAUUCGUUAGGCCUACUCAUCUUGUUGGCUGACGAAAAGUAGGCUAAAUGUGGACAGUUUUAAGAUUUUCAAUAUGCGCCUCGGAAUUCAAUGAGGGACGCGCGGAGUUGCGUCCCGGGUGUGUCGGUCUUCAUUCACUUGUAGCCUACUUCUUAGCCGAAAUGCCUGUGAGAAGGACCUGAUCACGUGACAGGCAUUGGCUACACCUGAGAGAGCUAUGUGAGUGAGAGGUGCUUCAGAGCAUGGCAGCCGGGAGAAGGGAAUUAUAAUUAGCCUAUUAUAUUCCGCCCAAGGGCACAAUGGCUACUUUGGCCGCAAAAGGCAUGGACUUUUUAGGGGGCAUUAUGGCCACACAAGGGGGAUGCUGCCGGGAAAUUCGAGGCCUGGUGAGAUUAUUUUCAAAUGCUUGUCAAAUUGUGAAUGAGACUGAUGAAUUGUGUGCAGCUUGUGACUUUUUUCAAAUCAUCAUUAGAGUACCAUCAUGCAGCCUUAGAAUGUAUUAAAAAUCAUAACAAAUAGCACAACUCUAAAUUAAGCAUAAAGGAUCAGUUUCUUUGUUAUUUAACCGCUCAACACAGAAUAGCUGCAUGUGCACACUUCCUUUGAAGUAAUUUGGAGAAAAUACUCUUUCUAUUUUAUUAAGCUAUGUUCAAUUGUAUGCUUCAUACUAUAAAAUAAUAAAAAAGAAUGCCACGGAAUUCUAAGCAAAUCUUGUCUGCUAAAUGAACUAGUGUAGCCCACAGCCAUAUGGCAUAGCCAUAUCAGGGCCUAACAUAAGGACAACUCAGAGUAUGUGUAACAGUUUUGCUUCCGUCCCUCUCCUCGCCCCUACCUGGGCUUGAACCAGGGACCCUCUGCACACAUCGACAACAGUCACCCUCGAAGCACCGUUACCCGUCGCUCCACAAAAGCUGCGGCCCUUGCAGAGCAAGGGAAACAACUACUUCAAGGUUUCAAAGCGAGUGACGUCACCGAUUGAAAUGCUACUAGCGCGCACCGCUAACUAGCUAGCCAUUUCACACCGGUUACAUAUGCUAUUCUGUUCUUCUGAAAUAGACUACAUUUUCUUCAUAUCAUGUUUCUUUAGACCUAAUUGAUUUAUUGUGAUGGUGUAGGCUAUAUUAAAUUGAUUUAUUAGACUUUUUUAAAUGUAAAUGUUCCAAAGGUCUGCAUCAGUGGCUUGUAGGCUAUGCGUGGAAGCCAGGAGAUGGCAAACGUGUUUAUGCUAAUUAACGUUAAAUUACUGUGAGACCGGCAGUUAUUCGCUUGACAAUCACCUGCUGACAAAAUGUCAUGACCGCCACAGCCCUAGUUGCACCCCAUCCUUUUGCCCUCUGAACAGCCUCAAUUCGUCGGGGCAUGCUCUACAAGGUGUCGAAAGCAUUCCACAGGGAUGCUUGCCCAUAUUGACUCCAAUGCUUCCCACAGUUGUCAAGUUGGCUGGAUGUCCUUUGGGUGGUGGACCAUUCUUGAUACACACGGGAAACUGUAGAGCGUGAAAAACCCAGCAGUGUUGCAGUUCUUGACACAAACCGGUGCGCCUGGCACCUACUACCAUACCCUGUUCAAAGGCACUUAAAUAUGUUGUCUUGCCCAUUUACCCUCUGAAUGGCACACAUACACAAUCCAUGUCUCAAUUGUCUCAAGGCUUAAAACUCCUUCUUUAACCUGUCUCCUCCCCUUCGUCUACACUGAUUGAAGUGGAUUUAUCAAGUGACAUCAAUAAUUUAUCAUAGCUUUCACCUGGAUUCACCUGGUCAGUCAUGUCAUGGAAAGAACAGGUGUUUUCUAUGUUUUGUAUACUCAGUGUACGUUUGAUGAUUUGGGUUUGAAAACAUUAUUCUGAAAACUUUAACAGCAUUGUUUUGUACAUUAUUGUAAAUUGUUGUUAAGCAAUAUUCAAAUAAUCCAGAUCCGGUGAAGUUGUCCUGUCCCCUUAGCAGAAAAACACCCCCAAAGCAUAAUGUUUCCACCUCCAUGUUUGACGGUGGGGAUGGUGUUCUUGGGGUCAUAGGCAGCAUUCCUCCUCCUCCAAACACGGCGAGUUGAGUUCAUGCCAAAGAGCUACAUUUUGGACUCAUCUGACCACAACACUUUCACCCAGUUCUCCUCUGAAUCAUUCAGAUGUUAAUUGGCAAACUUCAGACAGGCCUGUAUAUGUGCUUUCUUGAGCAGGGGGACCUUGCGGGCGCUGCAGGAUUUCAGUCCUUCACGGCGUAGUGUGUUACCAAUUGUUUUCUUGGUGACUAUGGUCCCGGCUGCCUUGAGAUCAUUGACAAGAUCCUCCCGUGUAGUUCUGGGCUGAUUCCUCACCGUUCUCAUGAUCAUUGCAACUCCACGAGGUGAGAUCUUGCAUGGAGCCCCAGGCUGAGGGAGAUCGACAGUUCUUUUGUGUUUCUUCCAUUUGCGAAUAAUCGCACCUACUGUUGUCACCUUCACACCAAGCUGCUUGGCGAUGGUCUUGUAGCCCAUUCCAGCCUUGUGUAGGUCUACAAUAUUGUCCCUGACUUCCUUGGAGAGCUCUUUGGUCUUGGCCAUGGUGGAGAGUUUGGAAUCUGAUUGAUUGAUUGCUUCUGUGGACAGGUGUCUUUUAUACAGGUAACAAACUGAGAUUAGUAGCACUCCCUUUAAGAGUGUGCUCCUAAUCUCAACUCGUUACCUGUAUAAAAGACACCUGGGAGCCAGAAAUCUUUCUGAUUGAGAGGGGGUCAAAUACUUAUUUCCCUCAUUAAAAUGCAAAUCAAUUUAUAACAUUUUUGACAUGCGUUUUUCUGGAUUUUUUUUGUUGCUAUUCUGUCUCUCACUGUUCAAAUAAACCUACCAUUAAAAUUAUAGACUGAUCAUUUCUUUGUCAGUGGGCAAACGUACAAAAUCAGCAGGGGAUCAAAUACUUUUUUCCCUCACUGUAGUUACAGUUCAAAUUGUAAAUUGUUUAACAAUUAUAUAAAUAGAUUCAUAAUUCCUUUAAAACAGCACCCUUUCAUAACCAAAUAGCCCAUUUAAAAAUAUAUGUAUGAUUGGACAGCAGAGGAGCAUUUUAAACUAUUGUAAUGUAAUAACACAACAUAAAAUGAUCAAAACAACUAUAUGGGAAAUAUUUCAUAUAACCAUUGUAAAAACAAAAGUUUGUGAUACUGAGUCAAUCACAUUCUGUUGCUGUAAUUCAAAUGCUGACUUCUCUUUUUCAGGUUUAUAACAUGAAAGAUGUGCCAGGUAUGUGUUUAAAUUUGUCACACAGCAAUCCCAUUUUUGUGUACUGGUAUGUCACAAAUGUUAUAACUGCUUUGACUCACUAUUGACUGUACAUUUAUUUGAUGUGGUCACUGAUUGAUUGGUCUAUUUUCAUUCUAGACGCAGAGCCCCUCCCACAUAUACCUGUGGUGGAGAUAUUUUCAGAAUAUGAGGAAGAGGAUCAGGUACCACAGUUCCCCCCCAAGUGAGUCACACAGAGCCCCCCCCCCCCCCCCCCCCCCCCCCCCGCACUCCUCUUCCACCUGGACAGACACAUAUACACAGCCAAAUUCACCUUCAGUAACUUCCCUUUCAUCCCAUCAUGCUGACAAAAUUUGUCUUAAUCCUAAUCCCCCCCCCCCCCCCUUUCUCGCUCUCUCUACCCCCCCUCUCUUUAUUCCUCUCUAUCUGUUUUCUCCCCAUCUGUCUUGCAUUGCAGUGUGGUUAACUGGAUUAAGAAUGCUAUUCCUCAGCCUGUGAUGCUCCCUGCAGGUUACGUAGAGGCGCUGAGUAACGCCCAACAGGCCCAGAGUAAGAGGUCAUCUCUUGACAAAGGUAGAAGCAGAGUUUAAAUGUUCAAGGCGGGUUACCUCGACAUAGAUUAAGCCUAGUCCUGGAGUAAGAAACAUACUCAAUGGAGGAUUUCCAUUGAAAUAACUUUCUAGUCCCGGACUAGUCUUAAUCUGUGUCCAGGAAACCGGCCCUGAUAAUAUACAUUUGCUAGCUAUGUGUGUAUGCUAAUGUUGUACGCCUGUCUUCUCAUUUUCUCUCAGUUCUCUCACCACCUCCUGAGUCCUUCAAAGGAGACGAGGUAUCACAGAACUCUAAGUAAGUUUCACCAACAGAGGGCACUAUGCUACACCCGUCAGAAUGUAGGCUCAGCUGUCUGUCUGUCUGUCUGUAUGUUUCUGUGUUCCUUUUGGCCCUUUAUUAAGGUGUUUCUCUAUGUGUCCCACAGUGUCGUGGGCUGGUUCGUGACGGGCCUCGGCCUCAAAAUGCCACAGCCUGUUGCGAGAUCCAGAGAUGAUGUUGAAGUUGUGCCGAAUGGUAAGUUACAUUUAUUUUACUUUGUUUUUCACAUUUUCUUACCUUCAAACCGGGGCCUCAUUCUCAGUUCAAAAUACAAGGAGAUCUUAAAUCACACAAUGGACUCACUACAGAGUUGAUUCACUUUGUGAAUGACAGUUAGACCCAUCAGCAAAUUUUACAAAUUCAGGGUAAUUUAGAUGUUAUGCCAUGCAGUAAGCAUAGGCUUGGGACCUACUAUUUCUAUUUUAUUUUUGACUAUUUCUUCUAUAUUCCAUAAAGUGUUAAGUCACAGAAGAGACUGUAACCCUUUCCUUCUGUUGGUCCGUUUUAGACAGACCCUAACUCAGUCUAUCUUCUCCUUCUGUUUCAGGGGGGGAGCGCUGAGAGCCCCUUAAACAAAAGGAGGAACAGUGAGAGAGACUGAGAGACUGAGAGUGAGCGCAAAGAGAUAGAGACAGAGGCAGAGAGACAGACAGACUUACCGACAUAGAUGAUUGUAGACAUUUAUACAGAUCCACUGAGCAACCUGGCAGCUGUGAGACAUUGCGUUUAACUCACCUUACUCUUUAUGGAAUGCAGAUAUUUUUGUUUGAUUUUAAUUGUGUAUAGUCAAUGUAUAUCAGCUCAUUAAAAUGAACUGUUUGUCAGUUAAUAUCAGUUGUUCAACUCUUGUCGAUAUGUAGCAAGAAAUGGGUCUUAUCUUCAUUGUAGUAAUCUUUGAAGUAAUUUGGAUGCAUUAAGAGAUUAAAUAUAUUAGAAAAUACAUACAGACACAGAGCUAUCAGGCAACAUUGUGACUCAUAGUUUUUGUACAUUAAAUAUACCAUUUUUAAACUACCAUUUUGAAGGUAAAGAUUAUUGCUGCACUAAAAAAGCGAACACAAAAACAACUUAAACCUACAUGUUUUCCCUUGUGACAUAUUCUCAUCGCCUUGAACUAUGAAUGUGGCCUAAGGUUGUAAUGAUGUUUAUUUUCAUCUGAUUGAAUUUACUUGAAUGAAAUCCACAAAAGAGGAUUUGACAAACAGAGUCAAGGCGGUCAAGAUAUUACAAAUGAGUUGAUAAAUUAUGACAUCAUGCCUAAAAUGUAUGCCUGACAGUAUAAUAACAUGUUGUGAAAUAUUAUAAAAAGAAUAAAGAUAUCAUCUGAAAUAUUUUGUGUUGUGUUAAGAGAUUGAUUGAUGAUAUGAAAUUCAUACAAAACAUUUUGCAUAUAGUAUUCAUUUAAGCAUAUUGCUUAUAAUUUAAAAAUAAAAUAAGAGUGUCAUAUUUUAAUUGUGUAUUUCAAAGAUUUUCUUCUCAAAUAAAAUGCUACACAUCAAACACAAUUGAUUGUUCACAUUACCAUGUUGACUCUGGGUGUCUUAUCAAAUCAAAUCAAAUGUUAUUUGUCACAUACACGUGUUUAGCAGAUGUUAUUGCGGGUGUAGUGAAAUGCUUGUGCUUCUAGCUCCGACAGUGCAGUAAUAUCUAACAAGUAAUAUCUAACAAUUUCACAACAUAUACCCAAUACACACAAAUCUAAGUAAGGAAUGGAAUUUAAGAAUAUAUACAUAUAUGGACAAGCAAUGACAGAGCGGCAUGGACUAAGAUACAGUAGAAUAUUAUAGAAUACAGUAUAUACAUAUGAGAUGAGUAAUGCAAGAUAUGUAAACAUUGUAACAGUCCAGACUGUGACAUACUGUAUGACUGCUUGUCCCAAAGCCUCUAAAACACCCAAAGUAGUGGACCUGGUUCUGGAGGAAGUAGUAGAAGCAGACAUGAAGGAUCUGAUUCAGGAGGUUCCAACACAGAUGACACAGCCAACAGAGAUGGCUCAGGCACAGCCGGCACAGCAAAAACAGCCAUUGAAACCAGAUGAGCCUGAACCGACUCUUCCAAAUGUGCCAGAGUCAACAACCCCAUCGCUGGAGGAUGCUGAGACUCAGACGGGCAGGUGGAUACCAUUCAUAGAGAGCAUCAAGAGAGAGGCUGAGGGCGUAGCUAUGGCUACCAUGGAGGAACGGUAAGGAAGGAGUCAGACAAGUCAAAUAUCUCAAAGUAAUUUAUGUAGAAUAUCACAGCAGCUUACACACAGUCACUAUUUUACACAUUGUCUGGUUAUGGUGAUCCAACAGAAGUUGCAUAUCUUCUCAUAGGGUUAACCAUAAUUAUUUUCCCCUUCAGUCUAAGGGAGUAAGUUAAAUUAGAAAUAAAGUUAGCUAAAUAAAGUUAGCUAAAUAUAACAUACUAGUAAUAUCCCAGCAACGUACUCAUCUCUGCAGGAUGACCCAGGACCGCGUGGAUUUGGUGCGAAUGGCGGAGGAGGUGGCCAGACACACAGCUGAGACGGCCAUCAGGCAGAUGCAAGAUGCCCAAUCAAUCAAACUGUCCAUUCACAGCCAGGAAGCCAUUCUGGAGGAAGAUGAAGACCCAGAGUAA